CAGGGCGCGGCGCAGGGCGCGGCGGGCGCGCUGCUGGGCCGGCUGCGGGGAGCGCUGCGCGGGGACGCCGCCGACGCCAUCCGCGGCUUCAUCAGCCACAAGGUCGACUCGCUGCAGCUCAGAGACUCAGCAUGGGGAGAGUCGCUGCUUUCGCUGCCGCGGCGCUGGCUGGCCGCUGGCGUGCGGGCGGAUGGCGAGGACGGCGCCGACCAAGAGGACUUCCAGAAUUUGCAGUUGCCGAAGCUGCCGGUGCCGGAGCUGCAAGCGACAAUGACCACGUACCUUGAGUACGCGGCCGUGCUCGUGCCUCCGCCGCAGCUAGCACAGACGCGAGCGCUCGUGCAGGAGUUCCUGGCGGACCAAGGUCCCAGGCUGCAGGAGGUGCUACUUGAGCGGCACAAGGAAAUGGAUAACUGGGUGACAGACUGGUGGCUGGAUGACAUGUACCUGAAGGUGCGGCUGCCGCUGCCCAUCAACUCUAGCCCCGGCAUGAUCUUUCCGCGGCGGCGCUUCACUAAACUGGAGGAGGUUGCCGAGCUGGGCGCGCUGCUGGUGGAUGACCUGCUCGACUACAAGGAGAUGCUUGACAGGGGCGAGCUGCCGCUGGAGCGCGCCACGAGCCGUGAGAAGGGCCAGCCGCUUUGCAUGCAGCAGUUCUACCGGCUGCUGGGCGUGUGCCGACUGCCCGAGGCGGGACGCGACCGCCUGCACCUGCCGCCGCCUUCGCCGCCGCACGCCUACGACGAGGAGGAACUCAUCAUAGUCGCUUGUAGAAAUUAUUUCUACCCGGUGCGCGUGCGGUGCGGCGCGCGUGGCCGUCGGGCGCCGGGCGAAAUCCGAGCACAGCUUCUGCACGCCAUGGUGGAGGCGGGGGGCGCGCCCGCCGCGCCUCGCCUCGGCCUGCUCACCGCGCUGCCCCGCGACAUCUGGGCCGCUGCCCGCUUGCAGCUUGAUAAAGAGCCGCAGAACCGGGCUAAUCUGGAGCAGAUAUCGCGCGCGCUGUGCGUGCUGUGCGUGGAUGAGGCGGGCGGCGAUCGUGCGGGCGCAGACCCCGACACCGCCGCCAUGCUGCGCGCCAUGCACGGCGCAGGCUCGCAGUACCACUCCGCCAACCGCUGGUUCGACAAGACCGUGCAGCUGAUCAUAGCAUCGGACGGCAUGGUGGGCAUGUGCUACGAGCACAGUGCGGCCGAGGGCGUGGCCGUAGUGCGUCUGGCGGAGCGCGCGUUGGCCCGCGCCGCCGUCGCCCCGCGCCCCACGCCACCUGCUGCACCGCUCGCUGAUCCGCUGCCCGCGCCCAUGCGCUGGCAGCUCACGCCCGACCUCUGCCGGCUCAUCGACCACGCCGCCGAGGAUCUCGACCGGCAAAUCGAGGACCUGGACUUCGUGGUGUACACGUACGAGGGCUACGGGCGCGAGUUCAUGAAGUCCUGCCGCACCAGCCCCGACGUCUACAUACAGCUAGCGCUCCAGUACACAUAUUUCAAGCUGCACGGGAGGUUAGUGUCGACGUACGAGUCGGCGUCGCUGCGGCGCUUCCGCGGCGGCCGCGUCGACAACAUCAGGUCGGCCCACGCAGCCGCGCGCGCCUGGGCGCAGGCCAUGUGUCAGCCGCCGGCUCGCGAUCACCCCGCGCCCGAGCCCGACCCCGCCCGCAAGGUCUCCUUCGACCUGCACGGAGAGCAGAAGAAGCUCCAGCUAUUCGAGGAAGCGGCACGGAAGCAGACGGCCGUAAUGGAGGACAAUAUCCUCGGCCGCGGUAUUGACAACCACCUGCUCGGACUGCGCGAGGCGGCGCGUGAAGCCGGUGCCGGCGCCCUACCGCCGCUCUUCACCGAUCCCACCUACAAGCAGAUGAUGGAGUUCAAGCUCAGCACCAGUCAGGUGGCGACAACAACUGAGGGCACAUGCAUGGGGUACGGCGCGGUGGUGCCCGACGGCUACGGUUGCAGUUACAAUCCAAAGAAGGACAGCGUCAUCUUCUGUAUCGCGUCGUUUCGCUCUUCGCGCGACACCAGCACGGCCGGCUUCCGGCGCGCGCUGCAGGAGGCGCUUGACGACAUACGUCGCAUGUUCCUCGAUACGAGCCCCCGCCACUAGGCCACGCUGCCUCUUAUACCGUUGUAGUCUCCCUUCUAUUGCAUUUACAUAUUUAAAAAAUAAUUUAAAAACUCGAAAUGUAUACAUAUCAACAAUUUUAAGACUUUUAAUAUAUUUCGCUAUGGCGUGUUAGCAGAUAAAGUCUCUUAAGAGCUGUGCGGCGGAGCGGACCUCAGCGGCGGCGGCGCAGUGGCGCUUCGUGCCCGAUAGUAUCUUUAUACAAAAGGCUUUAUACUCUUAAUAGAUACCGUCUAUACACAUAUCAGUAGAAUUAAGUAAAUUGUUAUUAUACAUACACGUAGUUGUUGAAUGUCGUAUUGUUAGUCAAUUCUGGGUGUUAGAGUAGUGUUUACAAUCAUAGAGUUAUUAUAGUUCUAUGGUCAGUACUUCGAUACGAGUACUAUAGUCACUCAGCGACUAACUUUUAGUGUAAUGAAAACUAAGUAUAUUAAGUUAAUAACUUGGCCAAAAAGUUAGACGAAUGCUGGCCAUCGUUGGCCGUUGUUGUAGUUGCAAAUUGUCGUUUCGUCUCAAUUUAUCCUCACCGGAUAUUGUUUAUUUAUACUAUUGUUAUAAUUGUAGUAUUGAAUAAGUUAUUCAAUCCUAUAGGACUUUUAUAAAAACUUGUGAUGCCAAUUAACUCGGCACUAU